CCGCGCUCGGGAUAGUGGCACGGCGACACGGCACGCUGGCGGGGUACACGCAGCACGUGUACACGGGCGGCGCCGGGGCGUACCACGCGCGCGCGUCCGCCGUACCGCUCAACGCAAAUGGCGAGCCCAUCAAGCUACCGGAAAACCUGGAGAGUCUGCCGCGGGCCGAGCACUUCGCUGCACAACGACACCGAUGGAACACGAACGAGGAAAUCGCAGCCAUCUUAAUCAGUUUCGAUAAACAUAGCGAAUGGCAGUCAAAGGAAGUCAAAAUAAGACCGAAAAGUGGGUCGAUGCUUCUGUACAGCCGCAAGAAGGUUCGCUACCGACGCGACGGGUACUGUUGGAAGAAGCGGAAGGACGGGAAGACCACGCGCGAAGACCAUAUGAAGCUGAAGGUGCAGGGGACUGAGUGCAUCUACGGCUGCUACGUGCACUCUGCCAUCCUGCCGACCUUCCACCGACGAUGUUACUGGCUCUUACAGAACCCCGACAUAGUGUUGGUACACUACCUAAACGUACCGUACCCUGAUGACAACAAGUUGGCGACAGUGGCGCCCAGCCUGGCGCUGUGGGCUGACAAGAAGGAGUGGACGAAGGACGAGCUCGUCAGUCAGCUGAAACCCAUGUUCUUCAGUGAAGAUGAACCAGAUCAUAAUAGUGAUUUGGAAAUUUCGGGGAAAAUGUUUCAGACGACGGAGACAGUGGAGGCCAUUGUCGGGCAGCUUAUGGAGAAGCAACGCGCUGCGAGAGCUGCAGCGUUAGCGAGGCAACUCGAGUGUGGAUGCCCUGACUCCACCUGCCAAGAUUCCAGGACUUGUGCUCACCCGCUACGACGUAUACAAACCGCUAAACCACCUCCUUCGGAUCACCAUGUAUCGUCUACUACAGGACCGUCACCAAGACCCAUGGCGCAACCUCCGCGACAGUACACAAGAGAUCACCGGCAGACCACACAAUCAUCACCUCUUCUUCUUUCUCUAGGACAAAUACAAGGAGGUGGAGGUUUGCUUAUUCUGAACGGUACCAGUAAUGGUACACAACAACAUUCUUCUUUAGUAUCACCACUGUCAGUGACGUCGUUUGUCUGCGAAGAGCCAAGAGAUAGGUACCGACAGCAAUACAAACCGACGUUUGUUUUAAAAAGAGAGAUUCCAGACAGCCAGCAAACCACACAUAUAAAUAACACGGAGCCAACGUUCAAAAUAGAGAGUCGGGUCGAAGAGAAAGUUGAAAUAGAAAACAAUUUCGAUAGGAAAAUAAAAAUAGAGCCAAGGAGUCGGACUCACGUAGUAGCCAGUGCGCCGACAACUCCAUCCCGGUAUCCAGACUUAGUGGAACGUUUAGAAAGUAAAAUUCAUACAGAUCAUUGUGAUGAUACCUUAGUUUUAUUAGGAACUGAUGGCCACUUAGAAACUUCUAGUGGAUUCUUUGACGAAACUCUGGAACUAUCUCAUGAGGAUAUUCAGAAAACCUUGUCGGCUAAUAUGCCGACGUGUGAACUAGACCGGAGUGCAGUGCGGUCGACCGAGACAGCGAAUGUGAUGGUUUCGGGAAUAGACACAAUGGACUUUAUAGAGAGUUGUGAAGCAGUGGCAUCGCCCACUCAUGUAGUGGAUGAUAAUGUGUUUGUUAAUUUGGACGCUUUCGAUAUGCUGGGUGAUUUUCCCGAACUGGAAGUGUUAGAUCCUAGUACUAUAUCAACGAAUCCAAUUCUACUAUGUGGUAAUUUGCCUCUUACUGAAGAGGGAAAUGAGAAAAUGCAAACAGAUAGUCCAGGUGAAGGGACUCUGAGUAUUACGGACUAUUCCCCGGAGUGGGCGUAUCCUGAAGGCGGUGUGAAGGUGCUAGUGGCUGGACCCUGGACGGAUACGUCUGAUCAGUACACGAUCCUCUUUGACAACUUUCCAGUGCCAUCGAUACUGGUUCAGAAUGGUCUUCUUAGGUGCUACUGUCCAGCUCACGAAGCAGGUCUCGCGGCGUUACAAGUAGCUAGAGGGGGUCGAGUAGUAUCCGACACAGUAGUGUUUGAAUACAAAGCCGGUCCCGUGCUGGCCCCAUCGUCGCCCGCUUCCGCUCCGCUGCCGUCGCUGGAUUUUAGAAGAUUCUCGCUUUUGCAGCGCUUGCAGCGGCUGCAUGGUCGACUGCAGUUAAAGAUUGAACCGCUAGACGAUAGUAACCAGAUUGAAGACGUUCAACUUUACUCAAACCCAAAAUUUGAAGAUCGCCUGGUGACUUUCUGCCAUUCCCUGAGUUCACGGUCGUUUGGCAAUUCCGAAGGCUUCACCACAGAACCUGGCGAGGACAGCUCGACCAUCCUACAUUUGGCAGCAGCUCUGGGAUAUACAAAGCUGACAACUGUAUUAUUGAGGUGGAGGCAAGACGACAAUAGCUUAGCAUUGGAAAAAGAAGUCAAUUUGGGUGCAAGGGACAGCGAUAACUGUACUCCUUUGAUGGUGGCGAGUGCGGAGGGGCACGUGGAGACGGCGGUAGUGUUAGCGCGGUGGAGCGCCGGCACGCGGCGGGAAGCGGGCGCGCGUGCGGCAGCCGCUGCGGCGCGCCGCGCGGGUCACUCGCGGCUCGCGGCGCUGCUCGACCGCAUCCACCCGCCUACUGGAGACGCGGUGUUUCGGAGACCUCAUAGUUUAUCCCAAAAGAGUCGGUCAGGCAGCUUGGAGAGCAAUCUAGUAAAGCGGCCAUCUAUAGACAGUGGAAUCAAUAUGGCAGAUGCGUUUAGAUCUAGCUCCACCAUUGACAAGUCCGAAACUUCGUCUGCUAGAUGGGAAAGAAGCAUGUCUUUACCCCUCGAUUCUGAUACAUCAGAGGACAGUCUUGGCGAACCUAAAAUCGGACGUCGUAUGGACCUCGCUCUCUGGGAGCAGGAUGACCGGGUAUUCACGCUGGCAGAGCAAAUAAUAGCUGCUAUGCCAGAAAGAAUAAAGAACGAAAGCUCAUCGCUUCUAAACGGCUGCGACUUGGACACCGGCACCAGUGGUAGUGAAGACGCGUUGAUGGUUCCUCUUCUUGAUGACACCACCACUUUUAGUAGCGAGUUCAGCUUCGAAUUCUGUGACAACACUUACAGAUAUUGCGGUGGAUCCACUCCGUGCUCAUCAGGAUCAGUGUCACCGGGAUCAGCGCUGUCCCCGCCCCCGGCGUCGCCGCGGAAUGCCUUGCCAACAUCAUCUGCGACUUUGCAAGAAUUCUUGAAUACGACUACACAUUUCUCAAGUCUCACACUUAAUGAUCGGGAGCAGCGUGAGUUAUACUCAGCGGCUAUCACCAUCCAGAAAGCGUACCGACAGUACCGCGGCCGGCAGUUACAACGCCGUGCCGCCGCCGCCGCCAUCACUAUACAAAACUGCUAUCGGCGAUACAAACAGUUCGCGUAUUUGAAGCAAAUGCACGCGGCGGCGACGGUGAUCCAGCGAGGGUACCGCAUGCUGAGAGAGCGUCGGCUCGCCACCACGCCUAUCAAACGGACAUAUUCUCAAAGACGUCAAAACCAAGCAGCAAGAAAGAUACAGCAAUUUAUGAGGCAGUCAAAGAUCAAGUUACAGAGAGAACGAGCCGCAAGCGCGAAGGUGGCCCGGCUCUCCCCGGGUGCCCGCCAAAGCUUGUCGCAGCCCACCAUCAGUACACCACCCACGCCCAAUAGGAUCAUUAACUACUUAGCACCUGAGUCACCGAUGGACGCAGACGAAGAUCUACUUCUCGAGCUUCUGUUUAACAUGUGACCUCACCUUGAAACAUCACAAAAAUGCUUUCCAAAAACUUCAAGAUACUAAAAGUUUGGAAUAUUGGGCUGUUCUUUGCAUGCAACAAAGUUUCUGAUGUUUUGUUUAAGUAUGCUCAUGCAUUAUUUAUAAGAAUACAAUAACUGCCGGAGUCAGGAACUAUAUUUUUUUUUAAUUAUUUAGGCAUGCAGCGUUAUUUCAUUUUUUAUUUCUUUUAUAAAAAAAUACAAUUACUGUUGAAGUCAGUUUCUCUUAUAUAUUUGUGUACAUUUUUGCGCCAUGUAUGCAUGCCGAUUCGUUUAUCAAUUAAAUUUUUAUUCUGUUUAUCAUAUUACGUUAAAAUAGAAACCUAAGAAUCAUCGGUUUUAUGAUUACCACCUGACUGCCUUCAUUUAGUCAUUAAAAAUACUAUCACUAUCCUAAUAUAUUUAAAAAACAAUUUUCAGAAGGGAUUAACGGAGUUGUGACGUAACUCAGGCCUUGAAUUUUUAAAUUAUCUUCUUGUUUUACAGUGUCCUUAUAUUUCCCGUAGUGUUCCAACUGUUUCGAUUUCCUAUGCAAUAUUUUCCGUAUUAUUUUUUCAGUUUGCAUGUUCGAUUGUUACAUCUCGAUUUAUAUUCAUUUGAAACUUCUUAGAAAUAACUUCUUCAUGUUUUUUGACCUUGAUUUCGUAUUUGAGUUUAACUCUUCAGGUCAUAGACAGGGUUAUAUUUAGUAUAAAUUUUAUCGUAUUUGUAUUAUAUUUUCAUAACGUAUUUUUGAGAAAUUUGUUUAGGGCGUUUAUUGGAAUCAUAUUUUUGAAAUCUCUAAAUUGAAUGUAAUGUAAUUUUCUUAGAUCAUCUUUAAUAUUGGCAAUAUUAAACAUUUUAACUUCAUUGACGGCACUACAAGUAAUAAAAGUACUGUUUUGUGCAUUUAUUAUAAAAUUGGCAACUGUUAAAUGUUUAAGUUUACCCGCUUUCAAUGCAAGGUUUUGAGAUCGAACAAAUCUUGAAUUUCUUAGCUCUACUAAUAAUUUUCACGGUGGAAUUAAAAGUAAGUAGGUUAAGUACAAAUUCAAAUUAUUAAAAAGCCACUGUUCUUAUAAAGUAGAUGCACCUAGCGUAUAAUUCAAUAAACCCGACGAGCUGUGAGUAUUUUGAGAUUUUAUCGUAUUUAAGAAAAAAAUACUUAGUUUUACUAUUGGUCUAAAGUUUACCAUAUAGGUUUCAUUCCAGCCUAAAUAAUCUUUAAGUCAAUGCAAUGAAACAUUUAGACGGUUUUACUCAACAGCCAAGUCUUUAUUUUUACCAUUCCUCUAGACUUAUUGUUGGAAUAUUGAGACAUUUCAUUUCACAUUUUCAUCCGUUUCCACUUUAUUCUUAUUUUGGUAUUUCAUAAAUACGAUAUAUUUAUUUACAUAGUCCAUUUCCCUACCCCUAGUUCCUACUUCAAUAACUAUUAUACUACUUAAAUAAAUUAUUACAACAACUUAAACUUAGUUUAUUAGAUAGAUUACUUUUUGUUUCUAGAUCCUCGAUAAAGCUAAAUGCCAUACUAAUCUAGCGUUCAUGAAAAAAUAAGGUUGUGCACCAUUUAAUAUAGAAAUAACUACCUAAAUAUUCCCUUUUUCUGAAUUCUCUGAUAUUUUAACGUAGAAAGUAUAGAUAAUAGAUUAAGAUAUUAGAAGUAAUCAUAGCUUAACCAUAAGACGACGUGCUGCCGUCAAGAUAUUUUCGAUUCGUAUUUUUAUAAAGCAAAAGUUACGAAUGACUAUGAUUGCUUUGCUUGUGCAGGGCCGUGGAAAUGAUUCCUCACUUAAUUUACUACCACUGUUUGUUUUCUCAUCUUUAAUGAAUCCCAAUUCAAAAAUCUCUAGGCUUUAUUUACCUUCAUUUUCUGUCAGAAGAUUUCAAUACUUUUCUAUGUUACUUUCUUCAUCUUUAAGUCUUGCAUCCCUUACAGAUUUUUUAAUUUUAGAAGACUUGAAAGGCCCGGAGUUGUCAUAUGGAAAGGGAUGCUUUUGUAUUAUUAUCAUGUCCAAAACCAGAUUCGACGGGUCGGUUGUACUUUAGGUGAUUGAAUGUAUUUAGGAACGAUUUCGAUAAACGUGUAUUUAAAAUGUUUGGAUAUGUUAACAAUGCGCCAGCAAUGUUAGAGGUAAAUAAUGAAUGUAACGCGACGCAGUUCGAGAAUAACCGUCCAGUUGAGGCGGCUUUUGCACCCUCUGGUGGCGUAGAGGCAAAAGUCGCAUACAAGCGAAAACAUCUUUUACGACUUUGUCUAUAGAGACGCGAUUCGCUUGCGAGGCACGGGGCACCCGAGGGCGCACGAAUGCAACAUGUACAUUUUAUAUUUUUGGAUUGCUAACUUUAAGAUGUUAUAUUUAUAUAUGUAUAUGUAGUGAUGGCGGAUACGAAACCAGUAUUUCGAGAUGUAUUGCGCCAAAAGUUUUGAUGUAUUAAUUUUCCAAUAAAAUUCUCUCGUUUUUCUUUUUCGGAUGAAUAGUUCGUUUAGCUAGUGGUCAUGUAUAUAUUUUUGGAUGACGUGCACGAUUGCUUUCGGAAAGUCGAUGUUAUACAUAUAAGGGGAAGCCGAAAUAAAUGAUGGUAAAGGAUAUUUUUAAUGGUAACGCAGAACCUCUGAUAGCAAUAAUAUUUUUGUGGCAAAAAACUACUCCAAUUAUAGAAAAAGAGUAUUUUGUAAUCCACGCAAUCGUCACAAACAGUUGAAUAUAGAAUGCUUUUAGUGCUACCGUAAAAUGUGCUCCGAUUUCAAGAAAAAAUAAGACAAAGAUGAGCAAUAAUUAAAUUUAUUGAAGACGUACGUAUGACGCUGUUAGUUUUAUUGGCUCGAAGAGUAAUUUAGUGCAAGAAUUGAUUUAGGUAAAUUGGUACACAUUUCCUAGUUACUAUAUAAUUUAGUGAAUCAUAGAUAGCUAUUUUUUUCUUAGUGCCAUAAAUACUAAUUUUAGAAAGGUUUACAGAUGCGCUGAUAAGGAAUAACUAGGCCGAUGUUGAUAGUGGUUUUAGCGUUUUGUAAUAAAAUAACAAUGAUAAUUUAAAAAAUAUAUUCGGAGCACAUAUUUAUGGCACGCGAUAGUGAUUGACCACAGCUAAAAAUAUAGUGCACUAGAAGUAGUACUAGUUAGAAGAAUUACUACUUAUAUAAAUGAAAUAAAAAAAAGAAAUCUUGAAAUCUAUACAUAGAAUUUAAAUUUAAAAGUUUAACUAAUACUUUUUAUUAUUAUUAUUAUAUAAAUAAGAAAGCUUGUUCACACAUUAUAAAUCAUAUUUAGAAAGUACAGUUAAGUAUAAAGAAUUGAGACGAGUAAACGGGGAAUGGAACGAUUUGAAUAGUGAGAUUAAGGUUGGAGAAUUUGGAGUUUUUGGGUAGGCUACUUUGUUCCGUAAUUCUAUCGUGUUUACAUAAAAUAGUAAUUUAAAAUUAUUUCAAAAGCUAGAUUUAUUUUCUUUUUGUAACAAGAAUACCUACAUUAUUUUAUAGUUUGAAAUUUAAGAUCAAAUUUGAUAUUUCAUUUAAUUUUGCGUAAAUUACAUCCAUAACUAAUUUAAGAUUUUCUUUAUUCCUUCCGUUUUUUUUCAUUCUUACGAUAUUUUAUGUAAACACCAAAGUUUAUAAUAUGUAUAUAAUUAUAUAAAAUUAUGAAUACUCUGUUCGCUUACAAAUGAUAUGCCAAAGGCGUAUAAUUUCAAUAUUGUGAUAAAGGUUGCAAGAUUACUGAUUUGAAGCAUUAUUAAUAUUAAUUUAAUUAAGUGUUGGUAUCGUAUUACGUUUUUUGUUUUAGCUUUUUAGCCAAGUCAGGUUGAUAUAUUAUAAAUUUAGUAUUAAUCAUAAAAUAAUUAAUAUUGAACGCUGAGAUUUUAUGUUUUUCUGAAACUAUGCUUUUGAGUUUGAGUUUUUGAGACUGCUGGUAUAACUAAUGAUAGUUCGCUUAAAACACUAUUAUUGGAUAUUUUAUCCCUCUACUGCAUUGUCCAAUAUCACUUCUUAUUUUUUUUUUCAGUUAAACAGAACUAAUUUAAUUAUUAUUAAAUAUUUUUUUCUUAUUUCUAAACUACUGAAACUCAAUUGUAUUUUAUAAAUUUAUAUAUUAGAUGACAUAGUGAUGUAUUUAUUUUGCUUUGCUUAUAAAAAUUAAUGCUCGACUUAUACAGAUAGUAAAAAUUCAUGCAAUGGAAGUUUGAUGAUAAAUCAUGAUUUAAUAAUAUCAACCUGAUUUCGUUGUUGUUUUAGUCAAAGCUUGCCUAAUUAUAAUAUUGCAUAUCACUUAGGUAUUUAUGUAUGAAACCAAGUUUUCUAUGGCAAUAUUAAAUUUCUGGAUUUUUUCCUAUUAAAACGCUAGAUUAUUAGUCUGUUAUAUUGUUAAAAUUGAUUGUUAUUUUUAUUUUGUUUUGUCUAUUAGUUAUUUGUGUUGAUACAUCUUUAUCAUUUUAAAAAUAUUGUUUGAUUCUAAUUUUUAUAGCUAUAUAUGAUUUACAUCCUAUUGUUGUAGAUUGUGUAUAUUGUUAGCAACAAAAUUGCUUAAAAUAUUUUUUUAUCAUUUGAAGUGUUUUUAUUGUUAUAUUAGUUCACUUCAUGGACCUAUUUUUCUAGUUGUAGUAGUAAUGUUGCUUGAGAAGUUUUUAUAUUGUAGCGUAUACGUAUUUGAUAGCAAAUUUUUAUGAAGUUAUUUUUUUAAUAUUUGAAAAAUUAAGUAAUUAAAAAAUACUUCGAUCGUAUGCAUUUGUAAUCGUUUUUUAUUAAUAAUAAGUUUCUCUUUGUUAUAGAAAGUGUAAAGUCGCGGACACAUUGAUGCUUACAAAGCUCCAGCGUUCCACCAAUCAGCAGUCUGCAUUUCAUACCGGCGUCUGUGAUUGGUUAUUUUCAGAGCGCAACUUUGAACGCAUCGAUGUGCGGCUUAUAUUGUUAUGUACUGCCAGUUCUGAGGUUCUAACACCAAAUAUUGCGAAAAUAAUCGUUUGUAAGGUGUGUGUAUUGUCCUGGGACGCCUUUCAUUUUCCAUUUGUACCUAUAUAUUGUUAUUUCGAUAUUUUCCUAAAUAUCGAUAAUUUGCUAAACAUUGUAUUAAUAUUUUUAAGUUGUUGGAAAUAUCGAAUUAGCGAUGGAAUAUAUUUAUUAAAAAUUCCAUUUCUAUAUUAGUUGUAGGUAUGAGGUACACAGUUACUUUGGCCAGUCAGAAUAGCUAAUGGGGUAAAAUUAUUAAAAAAAAAAGAUUUUUUUUGUAAAACACCCUGUUUUCUGAUUGGUUCGUUGCGUAAGAUUUAGUUAUACAAAUUUUGAAAAUAAAAUAAAGAAACGAUUGUUUAUAUUAAAAUUUUAUUUGAAAGUAUACCUUUCGAUAUCCAUAAAAUAGUCUUGAAGCAUUAUAAAAGUAUUUUAGCUUGUUUUAAUAAAAAAGUUCGAAUUUACCAGUAUGCAUACGCGAUUAUAACUAAGUUAAUUUAUUUUAAUAUUAAAGUUAUUGUUAAGUUGUAAGCCUAAUUGUAGAAAAAAAUAAUUUCUUAUUUAGUUUAUAUAGAACACUUAUUAUAAUUACAACUAUAAUUUUAUAGUGAAGUUAUUAUUGUUUGAGAUUAUAUAAACGCUUCAUACAAUAAUUAUGUAAUAAAAUAAUUAUUAUGAAAAUAAAAUUCAGUUACUAUAUAAUAUAAUAUUGUGUAUUAGGUUAUGGAGUGAUCAGAUACGAAGCCAUUCAUUAUUAUUUUUAACCGACUUCCAAAAAAGAGGAGGUUUUAUGUUUGGCUGUAUGUAUGUUUUUUUUUAAAUAAAAUACUGUACAUAAUAACUAUGAGUUACGUGACCAUCCUCGAUCUUAAUUUAACGUAUUUAGCGAGUGAGGGGCCGACAAACAAAUUUCUCAAAAUAACGCAUUGGCACAACGUAUCCAUAUUUUAAAUCAGUAAUCACUUAAUAUCAAGUAACCCUGUCCUCUCCUGUUAUUUCUUUUUUUCUAAGCACAAAUUAUGUACCUAAAAUUCUACUUCCAAAAGUAAGUAUGUUCCGAUAGAACAGUAAUUUGUUUUUUGUACGAGUACUACUUUAUGGAAUACUGAUAAGCUAUUGACUUCAUCCCACUCGUUAAAUCUAUAAAUAAUUUCUUUAUAAUUACGUAUAUUAUAAAGUGGUAUUUUUUGUUUGUUUGUUGAUACGAAUUGGCUCUGAAACUAACGAACCGAUUUUAUAAAAAUCUAUCAAAAAUGGAAAGCUAUAUUAUCAGCAAGUAACACACACAAUAUUUUACCCCCGUACUCCCAUCGGAAUGCAAAAAACGCGGGUGAAACCACGUGGUAUUGAGCGUCUCCACUGAUAUAUCGUUUCAUCAUUUCUUUAUUUCGUUGUAGAGAAUGGAGAUUAUUUGUUAUGAAGUCAUUUAUAAAAAGUUCUUAUAUAGCCCGAGCAUAAUAUUAUGUAGCCUCCUGUAGUAAGCCCUAAUAUUGUCGAUUAUACCAAUGACUUUAACACUUUAAGUACAUUAUAAUUUGUAGUUAUUUCUGAUCGCUCCAAAUAAACAAAGGGUGGAAAAACACAAGAUUCAAUAUUUAUACAUAAAUAAUAUAUCUUUUUUUAUUACAAUAUAUACAAAGCGACUUUUUGUCAUCUUGCCAUGAUGAGCCUUGUAAAAAUAAUAAAGACACUAAAUAAAAUAGAUUCCUGCAUAGAUCCUCUCUGAGUCAGCUAUUCGAUCGAAUUUGGCACAACCGCACCGCGUGUCUUGAUUUUAUAAAAAAUAAUUUGUGUCUUUUUUACCCGACUUCGAUGGAUGCAAUGGGAUUGGGUUCGUUUUAUCGUUUAAAAAAUUGUUAAACAAAUAGAUAUAACAAAUACUUGUUAGCUCGGUUUCAUAACCUAAUAGUUAUCUAUUCAAUAAUUGUAUUUCAGCUUACAAGUUUUGUCUUUGUCAUUUGACAUAUAGGAAAAGAGUGACAAAACUUACGAUUAAAUCAGAUGACAAUUUUCAGAAGAUAGUGAAGCCGGCUCUUACUUUUAGGCCUCCUGAUUUAAACAAGAAAAAGAACGAACUGACACGUUUCAAGCGCGUUCCAUCUUUGGCCAUAUCAACAUGUGAUCAAAGUCUAGCGGAAGCCUAUUUUGGUACAAAAAUCAAAACAUUCGAAAUCGUGGGGCAUCUCACUAAGUUAUAUAAUUGGAAUUAAUUGUACUUGAACUUGUUUUUAAAUAUUGUAUAAAAACUCGGGCGUUAUUUACCGAAACAUCACACAUUAAGAGGUACAGCUGUUUGACGAAGUGUGACAUUGUGCGGCAAAGGGUGGAGAAUGGCUCUAAAUUGGGUGACGUCACAUUUGUAAAUCCAAAACAUUUGAGUUUUUUACGAAGAGUUUUAAAAUAUUUCUGAAACAACAUUCACGACGGAUUAUAUGAAUUGAAACGAGUUUGAGAUUUUCUUUUUAAUCAGACACCUUGUUAAUAGUCUUUGUUAUAUUUUUUUUCGAAUAUUUAUUUUGAUGUUAUCAUUGAUAUUUAACUUUAAUUUUAUUAAAAAAAUAUGACGUCACAAAAAGGAGGGGUGGGGCAAUUUUACAAAUGUGACGACUAUAACUAGGAGACAGGGGUCAUAAAUGUCACAAUAAAAUUUUUGGUUGACCUCUUACGAAUAAUGAAUAAUUGUUUUGUGUGUACGAAAUUCUGCGUACACCAAAUAGCGUAGACUAAGGUCACCCUUGUGAAAUGAUACAAAAGUCGCUGUGUAUAUACAUAUAUACAUAAAAUAUAAAAAAAAAUUGUGAUUCAAACGGAGGUUGGGCGUCAGAUGGCGCAUGAUGUGUAAACUUUGAGCAAAGAAAAUAAUCUUCCUUUGUAAUAAUAUUAUUAUAAUCUAUAAACACGACAAAAUUGUGAUUCGAAGCAAUUUAAAAUAUUACUGCUGACUAUUUAUUGUGUUUCAUUCCUUUCGAACCCUCAUAUUUAUUUUUUGAAAUAAAAAAAUGUAGCCCAAUUUAUUUCUGUGGUCUAUAAUAUGUAAUGUAUCAUAUUCGGCUCACUACAGAGCUCGAGUCUCCUCUCAGAAUGAGAGGGGUUAGGCAAAUAGUCCACCACGCUGGCUUAAUGCGGAUUGGCAGACUUCACACACGCAGAGAAUUAAGAAAAUUCUCCGGCAUGCAGGUUUCCUCACGAUGUUUUCCUUUACCGUUUGAGACACGUGAUAUUUAAUUUCUUUAAAUACACACAACUGAAAAGUUGGAGGUGCAUGUCGGAUUCGAACCUACGUCCUCCGGAAUCGGAGUCAGAGGUCAUAUCCACUGGGCUAUCACGUAUAUUCUAUGGUCUAUAAUAUGUAAUAUAUAAAGUAAUAAUAUACUAGCACAGAAAGUGAAAUAAGUUUUGAAGCUCACAGCUGUGGAGUUACAAAAACAUCAUUAUGUAUAAAGUAACUCGUAGUAGCGGUCCUGGUUUGAAUUUAGCUUUGUUUUCCAUCAAGAAAGCAUCAAAAUUCAUUAAAAUUACGGGAAUAAUGUCGCUGGCGGCGACUACACGAUUUAAAAAGAAUGAAGAAAGAUAUAGGUACUUAAAAUGCUAAGCGAAAAUGUCUCGCUAAAGUUUUCUUAGGAGUGAGAUUGUUAGAAAAAUUCUUCUCAAAUAUUCAAUAUAUUUAUUGUCUUUUUCUUUUAUUAAAAAGUUAUUAUACAAAAAUAAUGUAUUCCGAUCCUUUGACCUAGAUAUCGGAAUCCCUUUUAAAUAAACUGAAUAAUUCAUCUUCAAUUUCCAUAUCAAUACGGGGUUAGAUAUAAAGUAUAAAUUAUUCACUUUUUUCUGAUAGAUCCACACUGUCUGCAACAUUAUUACUUAUAUGUUUUUUCUCUUUCUCUUGUAUAUCUCUCCAGUUGAGAAUACCAAGUUCUGGGUGAGAUUUCAUGCCUGCAAAUUUUGCUAUAUACGAUACGGUCCCAUUAUGUAUAUACGAUACAAACCAGAAUCACACCAAAUUCGCACGAGAGUUUUUUAACGGACGUUAAAAUACAACAAAUGCAUUCCCAAGUAUAUUACGACAGCGUUGUUAAAUUAAAACACGACGCUAUAUCGAGCAG